AGAUGUUUGUUUCUCCACUCACCUACUGAAGGACAUUGUGGUUUCCCCCAGUUUGGGGGCAAUUGUACAUAAAGCCGCUGUAAACAUCCUUGUGCAGGUUUUUGUGUGGAUGUAAGUUGAAGUAAUGCUGAAGAGAAAACUAAGUGCUAAAGCAGUGAUUAGUUUUGUCUCACAUUCUGCAAUAUGAACAUUAGGAAUUUACUUGAUUUAUUUUUCCCUGCAGAUUUUUAAAAAAUACAAUGUCUAAUGGUUAUGAAGACCACAUGGCUGAAGACUGCAGGGAUGACAUCGGGAGAACGAAUUUAAUCGUCAACUACCUCCCUCAGAAUAUGACCCAGGAUGAGUUGCGAAGUCUGUUCAGCAGUAUUGGUGAAGUCGAAUCUGCAAAACUUAUUCGGGAUAAAGUCGCAGGACACAGCUUGGGCUAUGGCUUUGUGAACUACGUGACUGCAAAGGAUGCAGAGAAAGCAAUAAACACGCUGAAUGGCCUGCGGCUCCAGUCCAAAACCAUUAAGGUGUCCUAUGCUCGCCCAAGCUCAGAGGUCAUCAAAGACGCCAACUUGUACAUCAGUGGGCUCCCCAGGACCAUGACCCAGAAGGACGUGGAGGACAUGUUCUCUCGAUUCGGGCGAAUCAUCAACUCCCGGGUCCUUGUGGACCAGACAACAGGUUUGUCCAGAGGGGUUGCGUUUAUCCGGUUUGACAAACGGUCGGAAGCAGAAGAGGCAAUUACCAGUUUCAAUGGUCAUAAACCCCCAGGUUCCUCUGAGCCCAUUACAGUGAAGUUUGCAGCCAAUCCCAACCAGAACAAAAACGUGGCGCUGCUCUCCCAGCUGUACCACUCGCCAGCUAGACGGUUCGGAGGCCCCGUGCAUCACCAGGCACAGAGAUUCAGGUUCUCCCCUAUGGGUGUAGAUCACAUGAGUGGGCUUUCUGGUGUCAAUGUCCCAGGCAACGCGUCUUCGGGCUGGUGCAUCUUCAUCUACAACCUUGGUCAAGAUGCCGAUGAGGGAAUCCUCUGGCAGAUGUUUGGCCCUUUUGGUGCAGUCACCAAUGUGAAAGUGAUUCGCGACUUCAACACCAACAAGUGCAAAGGCUUUGGUUUUGUGACCAUGACAAACUAUGAAGAAGCCGCGAUGGCCAUAGCAAGUCUGAAUGGCUACCGCCUGGGGGACAAAAUUUUACAGGUUUCCUUCAAAACCAACAAGUCCCACAAAUAACUCACUCAUGCUUUUUUUGUACGGAAUAGAUAAUUCAGAGUGAAGAAGUUGAAACUUUUUUGUUAGUGUACAACUCAUUUUGCGCCAAUUUUCACAAGUGUUUGUCUUAGUCUAAAUGAGAAGUGAAAAGGUUUUUAUACUCUGAGAUGCAACCAACAUGUUCAAAUGUUUGAAAUCCCACAAUGUUAGACCAACUUUAAGUUUCUUAAGUUAUUUCCUUUAAAAUAUAUAUUAAACAGAAAUCUAAGUAGACUGCAUUGACUAACCAGUCCUUCGGGAUGGUGGUGAAACUGAAGCAUGCUUUAACUUCUAAGACUGUCUAACACCCAUUUCAUUCGGUGUCUCCACAGACUGGAAAAAAGAAAAGAAAUGACCUUUUAGUUUUCGUUUUUAAACUAAAGAUGUUAGACAGAUGCUGAGUGUGCGUUUUCUCAACUGCUUCAACAUUUUAAGCGAUUUCUGCUUUGGUUAACAUGAAAUUGCUUCCCCAAGCAGGUCCCAAUACCACCUCCUGGUUGCUCAAUCCCGGGUUCUGCCUAGUGGUCCUGGCAGUGGCCAUGGGCUACCACCGGGGAGGGGAGGCCACACGCCGGGCCAGGCCCUCUAGAAGAGGACACUAUGUUUCCUAAGCCCAGACAUCUAUGGGAACGGACCAAAGAGUUUCAGGGAAACUCCAUAUAUUCCUGAGUCAGAUCUAAGCCCCAGGCACACCUGAAGAUGUGUUGUUAACUCUGACAUUCUGAGUUCCUGUCCACACAUUGCAUGCACAGUGCCCCUCACAUUGGAUAUUGUUGUUCACAGUCAUUUCUCCAGUUUCCAAAAGCAUUUAACAUAGCUCGAAUGCAUAAGAUAGCUCUAUUUUUAAUAACACAUAAACAUUUGAGCAUUGUAUUUCUCGCAUCCCUUCUCGUGAGUGCUAGACUUUUUUCUAUUUUAGUCAGAUUUUGUUUUGAAACUUUGCUUUCAUAUGAACACUCAGCAGAAAAGUACUUACUUCUUGCCAAUUAUCUAUUAACAAAAAAACUCUUUGAUUUGUAGUUUUAAAGAUUAACCCUCAAAGUUCUCUUCAUAUUGCUUUGACAUUUUGGGUGGUUCUGUUCUGUUAAUUUUCUUUUGCUUUUUUGUGUUUUUUGUUUGUUUUUACUUUUGCAUUUAAGACCAUUAAAUUUGAUUUUGUUUUGCUCAAAUUUUGUUUUGUUUUUUAUUUUACCUUUUCUUUCUUUUUGGCUAGGUGAGGUACAGAUGGCCCAGCAUUCAGGGAGGAUAUAUAAGAUCUUAAGAAACAAAUACUUGCCUCAAGACAAAGCAUUUACAAAUCUGUCCUGUAGGAAUGUGCAGUCACAGAUGGUGUUUUUUAAAAUGGGGAGCCAGUAGGGAGAGUCUGACAGAGGGCCUGAGAAGUAGCCAGGGCCAGAUCUCCGGACAACUCCUAAGGAGCAUGAUCCAAUUUUUAUAAGUAGUGUACAGAGAGAAUAAAAAACAGGAUAAUUUCGUACCAGCAGUUUUUAACCUUGACAUGAGACUAAAAUAUGUAAUGAUAGGCUGUUUUUUAGUUACCGAGAUCAUGGAAUUGCAGCAUUAUUUAUCUGUCUGUCUAUUUAUUUACUUAUUUAUUUAUUUAAGUAGGGGAAAAGGGCCAAUAGACACAGCCUUCUCCAGAAAAGAUCAGUGUUCUGAGAAGCCCUUGGAAAAAUUUGAGACUGCCUAUCUGUGCCGUUACCCUCCUGCUUUAUUGAGGGGCUACCAGCUGCUUGCUUUGUUCUCCCAAAUGUAAGAUGGUGCCACGUUCUUUUCCCACAGAAGGCCAAGUUCAUGCCUGAGGCCUUGCCUCAUAAGUUGGCUUGUGCCAUGGAGGGCCUCCUCCCUCCAGCAGAAUUUCCCAGAUCCUAAGUCAAAGCUUGCGUGCCUCCUCCUAGAACCCAAAACACAAAGAGGGUUCCCUGCUCUUUUGCCCCAGAGUGCUUCUCACCCUAGGACUAAGAUGUUUUUCUGGAAAAAUGCCUUUCAGGUUGUACAACCUUAGGCCAGCAUUUUCUCACCCAUUCCUGUCUGCGCUAGUGCUCGUUUUCUUAAAAGGAUGAUGUCAUAAGUGCAAACUGAAAUGAUGGUGGGCUCGCAGACAGCAUCGCAACUUCUUUCCUCCCCUCCCUCUUAUUUGAACCAGAUUGAUUGUUCUGAUGCUAGCUCAGAUGAGGAGAUGUGAAGUACAUAAGAACCUUUGAAAAUUGCCUGAAGUUUCUCAGGUCAGUAAAAUUCUCAUGUUCCAUGGUCACCUCACCACUCUUUGAAUAGCCUUCUAGCUGAAAACCCCAUCGUGUUUCUUUGGGAGUUUUGAGGUACAGGUGUUUGGAAGGGUUCUGCUUUUGACCUGUUCCUCCUGAAAAGCAAUAGUCACUCCCAUCCAGGUACCAGGUGCCGGCCCUGUGUCUAUAAAGUUCAUUACAUAUACCUUCUUUAGGCUUGUUUGCAAAAGGAAGAUUUAUUUUUUAAAAGUCACAAUUCAAAAGAAACCAUUUUUAAAAGUUUACAUAGAUCAGUCAUAUUUGUAUUUCACAAAAUGAGUGCUUUUAUUUGGGAAUUUUGAUGAAAAAGAAUUAAGAGUAGAUAAAGUUAAUUUAUCGGAAGUUUGGUUUGGUACAUAAAUACCAAAGAAGCUUUGGUUGAAUUCUCUUGGCCUGUGUAACUCCCCUAACAAUUGUUUGCUAGGCAGCUCUAAACUUGUAAACCUGGUUCCAAUUGAAUUAUCUAUUUUUUACUCUUGGCUCUGCCCUUUAGCUUUUCAGUGUAAUAUGCUAGGCUGUGGUCUUCUGCACUGGCUGUGCCUCUCAUCAGCAGAUGGUGCUGGGUUGGCUCUGCCAUCUUUGUUCAGAAGGUGAGUCUUUCCCUUGCCAAAGGCAGCUGCCUUAACCUUUGAAAGUCUGCACUUGAUGUUAGUGCUAGAAACCCAGCGUCCAGGGUCUGUACCAGGCUGCUGGAGGAGCUGGUGCUUCUGAGCUAACAGCUGAGAGGUCCCUACUGGGUCAGACAAGUAAAUGAAUCCAGUGACCGUUAUUGGAAAUAACCUAUUCUGAUCGGCCUCCAAACUAGGCCAUUUUAUGGCCAUUGACUGACCUAAGUCCACUGUCAGGCUUGAAAAUCAAAGUUAGCAUCAUUCAGCUAGCUGUUCCAUUUUACAUCUGAUUCAGCCUGAUUUUUUCUCUGCUGCUUGCAAACUUCCUGUGUUGGAUAAAAAAAGAAUAAGAAUAUGCUGCCGACCCCCACCCUAAUCCUCCACCUGAAAUUCUUCUCAUCUUCCCAGGGCCUAACGCACCUCCCUCCCUCCCAUUCAUCAGAUUCCCAGGCCAGCCACCAACUAAAGUCACAAGUGCUUUCUGUUGAGUGGUAUUGAUAAUUGACCCUUUCUUACAAAAGCAGUAGAACCUGAAUCCCAAAUCUUCAGCAGGGUUGAGGGUUCUAAACCUUUUGAUUUGCCUCUGACUUCUAAUGAUUGUAUUGUAUAUUUUCCCACAGCCUUUUGGUGAUAUAGUUCAGUUUUCUGCUUGGUCGUUUUUUAAAAAGAAAACUUACUUGUAAGUCACUGCUAGGAGCUAUGAUAGGCUAACCAAUGGUCUGAGCAGUGACUUUGAGAGGACUGUAUUUCACUCCCUCCCCCACCCCCAGAAGAGAAGGCUUGUCCAUUGGUUGGGACCACCUCUUUACCAUGUAAUGUUCUGUUUACAGUGACUUGCUCUGGGGGAGGGGGGAGCUUUCCUGACUGGUCCCCAUGUUGUACAGUAGAUGGGUAGACAUUUUGUAUAUUAGUGUUUUAAGUUACUGAUUUGUUUUAUAUAAAAUAAUUUAUUUUUCAGAUACCAUUUUUCAUUUUAACUUUGUUUUUACAUGGGUUUGUUUUCAAUAAAGUAUGACACUGCUGUCCGAAAGUCAACAAUAAAAUGAAUCCCAUUGUGUUAUUUUGAGGAUGCUUAUGUAACUAGCUUUUUUCUUCUUUUUUUCUUUUUUUUUAAUUUUCAGGGGGGAAAAAAAGCCCUUCUCAGUUUUCCAUCUCCCUAUUUCCCUUUUUAUCCUUGUGAAUAAAUGUUCUUUAGUGUUUUAAGAGGAAAAAGCAAACCUAGAUUUUGAUAAUCCAGAAGAUUUCAGAUUAAUAAAGAAGCUUUGAAAGAAGACCAUUUUUCAAAAUUUUAGUGAAGUGUGAAUAUUUUUUGUCAAUGGCUUUCUCAAAGAGAAUGAAACUUUUGCACCAUUUUCAGAGUUUUUAUAGAGAUGCCAAAUUGAUAUAUUUACAUGUAAUGGAAACAUGAAAAAGUUUUAUUAAACAAUUGUUCAUAGCUGUGUAGACAUUUUAAUUCAGUUUCCAAAGCUCUCAAAGCGUAUUUUUGGAGUACAGAGUGAUAACAGUUUGGGAUGUUACGAUUCCAAACAUUAGAUUGUUCGAAUACUUAGUUUUUUCCACAGGUAUCAGGUUUGUGUUAAACACUGUAUGUGAACUAUGACUGGAAUUCUGUGAUAUUUUGGUAAUAAAUGAAGUGGGAUCAUUGA